AGAGCGCAGAGCGGUUUGGUCGUUCGUUGGAGGUAGAUCUUCUGUUCCUGUCGCCGAUCGCGGCUCCUGUUUGCGCGCUCACAGCGGCGCGGCGGUCCCAGCACGGGCCUCAGACUCCGGCUUUGGGUGAAAGAAAAUGGCCCGAACCAAGCAGACCGCUAGAAAGUCGACCGGGGGGAAAGCGCCCCGCAAGCAGCUGGCCACCAAGGCGGCCCGCAAAAGCGCGCCCUCUACCGGCGGGGUGAAGAAGCCUCACCGCUACAGGCCCGGGACCGUGGCCCUGCGAGAGAUCCGUCGUUACCAGAAAUCGACUGAGCUGCUCAUCCGGAAGCUGCCUUUCCAGAGGUUGGUGAGGGAGAUCUCCCAGGACUUCAAGACCGACCUGAGGUUUCAGAGUGCAGCCAUCGGUGCCCUUCAGGAGGCCAGUGAAGCGUACCUGGUGGGGUUGUUUGAAGAUACCAAUCUGUGUGCCAUCCACGCCAAGAGAGUCACCAUCAUGCCCAAAGACAUCCAGUUGGCUCGCCGGAUACGGGGGGAGAAAGCUUAA